CACGAACUGUUCAAUGCUGAAGCAUGUUAUUAGCGAGGCAGGAGUGACAGCAUGGUAAGAGGAGCUGUUUGAAAUUUAGAUCCUGCGAGCAAACAAUCAUCCCACUCGACUUUUGACCUUUUAUCUUUUGCUCUAGUUAUACAACAUUUGAGAAGAAGUGUCGUGAUAAGGCACUGUAUGUAAAGAUGGAUUCACUGGGUGGAACCCACGUCAAAGCUUCUAUUGUCUACGGCAAUCAUGGAUCCAGACCGGAUCAGCAGAAGAGUUUGGAUGAGCAUCAUAAUGUUCCACAAGUCAGACGGCAGUUGGCAGAAGACUUGUCACAAUGCCACUGGACGAAACUUCAACAAAUAUACUCAGAUAUUAUGAAACAACAUGGGGAUGCUGAGGAAGAGUUGCGGGCUCGAUCUUUGAGGCUUCUUGAGAUUUUUACGGCCUGGUCACAAUCUAGUGUUCUUCGUGAUGAAAGCAGAGCGCUGAAAAGAUUCAAAACCCAGUCGCAGCAUGUGCAGACCUCCGAAGAGGAUUUAGAAAAUAGGAGAAAACAUUAUGCCGACGUUGUGAAGGCUUUCGAAAGUGCUCUCGCUCUCCUGAACAAUGCCCCAAAGUCUUAGGUAUAUCAAGUUGAAGGACACUUCCAGAGAGGCUCCCUUGAAAUUCAGACCUGCCCACUUGAAAGUUACCAUACGGAGGCUCGACGACGGUAUCUCGUAAACUCCGACUGUCACAAAGGGGAGUAUAAUGAGGGAAGCCGAGAGGUAACACUAUAAAUCACGUGGUAUAAGGCUAUAAUCCUUUGGCGAAAAUCACCAUAUCCGCUGUCUUUUCCUUGUUAUCACCUCUUGAAUCAA